AUGCUCAAUAAAUUCAUAUUUAUCGCAUUUAUUUGUUCCACUAUUAGUUUAUUGACUACUGGACAUGUCAUUCGAUCAGGUGAUAAAAUUGAUUUAAAUGCUAAAGUCAAUUUUGAUUUAAAAGACAUAAAUUUCGGUGAUAAUAUAACCUAUUAUUCUUAUCAUAUUCACACAUAUUUCUUACAAAAAAAUGAAAAUCAAGUAACUGAAGCAACUGCAUUACGAAGUAAAUUUAUAAAUCAAUUUGAAGUUGAUAGUUGUAAUGCUGCCUGUGGAACAUGGUGUCCAAAAAUUUGUCAUUGGGAUUUAAAUAUGGCACCAGCUGGACCUCAUCCAAUUGGCUCAUGGGGUAUUUAUGUACCACUUGAACAAGUUACUGAAACUAUAUCAUUUAUUUCAAUGUAUCAUGGUAAUCUUACAAUUCUUGUACAUCCCAAUUCUGGUCAAGUUAAAAUUGAUCAUCUUAUUAAUGGAUUUUGGAUUAAAUCAAUCUUGCCACUCGAUGGCGAUGAAUUACCUGAUACUGAACCAAUACCACCUCAUGGACAUUGA